GUUGGCAGUUUUGCCUGGGCAACUAUUUGUUGUUUUGGGAAAGGGGAAAAGGGACAAAAACUCUGGUUGCAUCGUCAACUUGGAUGAUCUUACUGAUCUAUGCGACACGUGUCCGGUCGAUCACAAACGAAGCAAGCCGCAACAUCCAGUCCAAGGAGAUCUUGAAGCUGAAGAAGGUGAUUGCGUAUUGGAAAGAGCAAGCAGGGAAGAAGGGUGAAGGAGAUGAUGAUCUGGAAGAAAUCCAAGAUGCUCGGCCCAGCAAAGACAAGGACGAUGGAGCUUCAUGACUCUGUUGGUUCAUUGGAUGUCAUGUCAACAUGAAGUUGGCAAGCGCAAAUUCAGUGAUCGUGAGAUGAAGACAACCCUCGUGUUAUGUGGUGUGCUUCAUGUGUUUUGCUGCAGUCAGUGUCAUCUUUGCUUUGCGCGAGACAGAACGAUCGCUCUCUCUCUUCAUAUCGAUCUUCAGUAUAGGCCCAAGAUUCCGCAGCACGUCGGUACAGUGGUCAUUUCAGAAUCCGGCAUGACCAGACAAACAAUAAGAAGUGGCUUCUGUCCUUAAUGCAGCUUAUUGUUGGGGGUGUUUCAGGUGAGCACUGCUUAUUGUUUGACACGGCAUCAGUUUGGACCAGGCGGCUUGCUGUGUGUAGGAGAGUGGUGAGGUGUUUCCCUUGCAGGUGGAUUGUCACACCGGUAGUGUGCUUGCUAGGAAAAAUGGGGAUGCACCCCAGUUGUGAGGUGUGAGAUCAGGUGAAGCCGUUCUCCUUGUUCUGGAUUUGUAAUGCCUCUCUCCUUGCAAUGAAGAUUUUAUUGUUGUCGGGCGAGAAGGUGAGCGUUAUUGUGAUGAGCAGAUGCGAGAUUCUGCUGGGCGUCCGCGAGUGCCGUGUCAGGUGGUCUCAGGGGUUUUGCAGUUUUAAGGUAAUGGUUCACUUUUUCCGUCUCUACGGUCUGUUGUAACCAGAUGGAAGAUUUAUUGCAGCAGAACAGCAAGUCUUCUCGUGCCAUUCUCAGCUGAGCUUCACUUUUUGCGUCUCCACGGUAUGUUGGAACAGAUGGAAGAUUUCUUGCAGCAGAACAGCAUGUCUUCCCAUGCCAUUCUCGGCUGAGCUGCAAUUCAAUAUCGAAGAGUCAGAGCCUGCAACCCCUCUCUCUCUCUUCCGUAGGCCAACUGAUUUGUAAGGAGAGGGAAGGAUGUACAGAAGUGUCACAGAAACAGUUGCCUUUAUAUGUUGCCAUCUCAUAGCCAUAGAUCUCAGUCACAGAUCAUGGGGAGCGAGUGGCAGACGCAGAGUGAGUUCAGGGUGUGGAGCUGGGGAUUGCUUGUUUGAUUGAUUGAUUGAUUGAUUGAUUGAUUGAUCGAUUGAUUGAUCGAUUGAUGAACUGGCUGAUCAAGUGAUUGAUCGAGAAAUAGGAGCUGGUUCGGCAAGCAUUAGUCGUUCAUGAUGAUAGAGUUAGGUGUGCUCGCAGCGUAAAUAGAAUCUUCUGGAAGGAAAGAGAGAAGUUCAAAGAACGCAUGCUAUUUAUUAUUUAUGCAUGGACACCCCCGGACAGCUGGAAGAAAGGAGUUCUCUUUACGCUGAACAAGUUUCUUUGUCCUCAGUGAGCAAGAGAGCAAACGCGUGCUUGGCGUCUGUUGUCACAGUUUCUCAAAACACACAGAUAUCUGAGGUUGUUGCCCCAGUUUUCUGCAGAUGGACAGCAGGAUGUGGAUCUACGAGGGGUUGAUGAGUGAGAAGAGGUGCAGGACGUGAGGAGAAGGGCUAUCUUGAAGAUUGGUUAGUGGUGACAAGGGGUGGCCAGGUUGGCACAAUAGCGGAAAGGGGAGACGUGGGAAUAGGCAAGUAAGGGAGAGAGAGAGAGAGAGAGAGAGAGAGAGAGAGAGAGAGAGAGAGAGAGAGAGAGAGAGAGAGAACGGAGAGAGGAGCGGCAGGAGGCGCGGUGAGGUUAUUCAUUCGUUCAGCUGCUGUAGAGAGAGAGAACAGAGUGCGCGGAGUGAAAGGAGGCGCAGGGUGAGGUUAUUCUUUCGUUCAGCUGCUGUACGUUUCGCUUCGCCAUCUCAUGGGAUGUCCAAGUUGAGUUUCUCCAACUGGCUAGCAGUUGGCGCUCUUUUGUGUUGCAUACUUCACUCCAUUUCUGCUGAUCUUCCAUUGAAUGGGUGUGUAAUAAGGAGAUGAGUCAUUCUUCGCAACAAGUGUAACUCCGCUGUGCCGUUCAUUGCGUUGCAUGCAUGACUUGGCUGUUGCGUCUUGUGCUGGAGGUUGAGUUCGAGCUCCCUCAUUUGUGUUUUUUCCGACUCAUCAAACAAAUUUAACCACAAUGA